AUGGAGAGUUCGCGGAGAGGCUUAGCGGAGCUGCUGGCGCCGUCCCCGAUACAAUCCGCUCCGCUUUUGGAGAUUAUCACUUUGGAGGAUUUCGAGUGUGGAGUAAGGGAGUGGUGCGGGCGAGAUGCGGUGCCAGCGCAACACGCGGCGGGAUUUCAGGAGGAUUUUCAGGCGGAUUUUCAGGCCGCCGUGAAUUUUAUUUUGCGGGGAGACGCUGAUGGGGGGACUGACGGGAAGGGAGCGCGUUCGGCGGCGGAAGAAGCGGAAGGGCGGUUGGAGGAGGAAGGCGGGGGACUUGUGACAAGACAGGGAAGAGACUUGUUGGAUGAGAGCGGGGAUGUGGUGAUGUCGGAUCGAAACACUGAAGAGACUUAUACCGCGGAUAAGCUUCCCAUGCCGUCCACCAGUGGGAGAUGGACACGUGGAGGAUAUCUCGACCUUGAUCGUAUCAGCGAUUUCCUGGAUUUGCAGAUGGCAAAGAUCAGCGAAUCUAGAGCUCCUAGACGACAAGAUUUGGGCGGCACAAGUAACAGGAGUAGCAUCGGCAGUACCAUAACCAAUCCCGCCGCGGAAGGCCUAAUAGGCAGAUUAGGACCGCCUAUAGUCUACAUGCUACGUAGCUCGUUCUCUGGGGAGAUUAAGGUGGAAGGGGGCGGGCCAUGGGGGCCGGCGGAAAGGGCGGGGGGAGGGGCGGAAGGGGAGGCGGAGGGUGGGGGUGUGGGGAGCAGCCGCGGGCGGGGGAUUGCAGAUGCUGCUGCGGCGCUGCGGAGCAUAUGGGCGGAGGAGGACAUGGAGGGGGUUGAAAUCGAGGGGAUCGAGUGGGCAGGCGCAGGGGGGGGCGCAGGGGGGGAAGCGGGCGGAGGGGGAAGUGGAGGCGGGGGGGUAGGAUGGGAAGGGUUGUUGCUAGAGUCCCUGGGCAGAGCGGGAGCAGCAGCAGCAGGAGGAGGAGCAGGAAGGGGAGCAGCAGGGGGCCGGUCAAGAGGCAGAGGCAGGGCACGAGAGGACCUAGGAGGCGGCCUGAUUCUCGAAUCCCUAAGCAGUUUCAGCAGCGCGCGCGCCAAUGUGUGCGUCUACUCGGGCAGGUGGCAGUACGAGGCGACUCUAGGCUCCUCCGGCAUUCAGCAGAUUGGCUGGGCGACAUUGGCGUGCCCGUUCACGGCAGAGGAGGGCGUGGGGGACGCGCCCGACUCGUAUGCUUUUGAUGGGAAGAGGGUGCGGAAGUGGAGUGGGUGGUCCGCGCAGUAUGGGCAGCCGUGGGCGGCGCAUGAUGUGAUUGGCUGCUGUAUUGACCUGGAGGGGGAUGGCGGUGUGGCGGGAGGAGAGGGUGCAGGUUCGGAUGCUGCUGCUGCUGCUGCUGCUGCUGCUGCUGCUGCUGCUGGUGGUAGUACUGCUGCUGAUGCUACUGCUGCUGCUGGUUCUGCUGGUAGUGUUGGUGCUGGUGGUGGCAGAAGGAGUGGCGGUGGUGCUGGUGCCGCUGGUGCUGGUGCUGCUGGUAGGGCAUCCAGUGGUGGCACGGCAGUGGGGAGAGUGACAUUCUACCGCAACGGGGAGUGUCUGGGAGUGGCCUUCACAGGAGUGAAGGCGCUACAGAGGGGCCUGGCCUACUUCCCAGCCAUCUCCAUCUCCCACGGGGAGCGCUGCGAGCUUAACUUCGGUGCCCGCCCGUUUCGAUACCCGGUUACCGGGUUCCUCCCGCUGCAGUCGCCACCUCGCCUGUGCUGGCCCAUGCCCUCUGCUGCUACAGAUGCAGUGGAUGCUGCUGCUGGUGCUGCUGCCACGGCUGCUGCCACGGCUGCUGCCACAGCUGCUGCCACAGCUGCUGCCACAGCUGCUGCCACGGGUGCUGCUACUGCUGCCCCCGCUGCUACAGAUGUUGCUGGUGCGGCUUCUGCCCCUACCGACAGUGCUGCUGCUGCUGCUCCCGUGCAUUCGCCUCCACCUCCCAUCGACCCUGCCUCACUCCCCACCCACGUCGGUCACUUCCUCCUGCCUACCCUGCAACCCACCUCGCCCCACCCGCACUCCCAUCUACGCACAGCAGACAGCGCAGCAGGUGCCCCUCGCGUUGCAGACUUGGAUGCAGCUGCGUGCUCCUCCUACCUCCUCCACUGCCUUUCUCGCCUGCUGCACCUCACCUCCCUUCCCUCCUCCCUCCCCUCCUCGUUCUCCUCCCCUGUUCCACAUACCUCCUCCUCCUCGCUCACCCACAGCCCCCCAUCGAGCCUGCCAUUCCGAACCUGUCCGCUAGGCCCGGAUGACGAGGUUCUCCUGGCGGAGCUCCUGUGUGAGAGGCUCGGGCCGUUGCUGCUGGCAGGGGGGGCACGAAUGGAGGUGCAGAGACAGAUGGGGAGGAGGGCGGGGGAGGGCAAAGGAGGGGGGGGAGUGGCAGAGGGUGUGGGGUGGGUGCGAGGGGGGUAUGCUGUAUGGGCCUCCCUGCUGCCUCUACUCCUCCAACUGGCGCCCAGACAGGGGCUAAACACAGGUGGGGGGAAGCAGGGUGCAAGCAGAAACAGUCUACAGCAGCAGCAGCAGCAGCAGCAGCAGCAGCAGCAAAAGCAGCAAGGGUGGAGGAUGGUGGACCGAGUAAUGGACUCGCUUCACCUGUGUCUGGAGGACCAUGAGUGGUCCGGGAUCAUCCCGGCCCUCAUGGACGCCCUAGCCUUCCACUCCCGAACCUCCCUCGUAGGUUCGGCUGCGUUCACAGUGCCGAACCUAGCCGGUGCAGGAGCAGAAGCAGUUUCCGGCUCGGGAAAACCCCCAGAGGUUUGGCAAGAGGGGCGGGAUCCGUACCUGUACCUAUCCCUGGCCUGCCACUUAGCUAAGCGACAGGAGGUGCUAAGCGCAUGGUGGGCAGCAGACGGAUUCUCCUCCAAUCUAGAGGCAUUCUUGACCCGCAGAGUAGCCACGAGGGUGGAUCUGCAGAGGCUGUUUCCCUCGCUGUGGUGGGCUGGCUGUAAGGAGGACGACUGCAGCGAAGCAGGCUUGGAAGAAAGCAAGAAGGCACUUGUGAAGGCAACGUCUAGGGUGGAGCUCUGCCAAGUGUCGCUCUGCCGCUCUCUCCUCUUCUUUGUACCCUCUAAGAGCAUGACCGGGGCUUCGUCGACUUAUUCGCUUGCGACUGGCGGCGUGCUUGCACCGUUUCUGAGGAGCCUGAUCCGCAAGAACCGGGCGGCGAACAGGAAUAUUGUGCCGCCCGGGCUCUCGGAUAGUAGCGUGCUGGUGACGGCGUUUUUUGUCCUCUUGCGGCUGUUGUGGGCGGGGCUGGUAGGCCGUGGAGGCGGGAAACUGCAGAAGACAAAGAGAGCUGGGGUUUUAAGAGGGUCACAUGUCUUAGUAGAAUCAGGGAGUGGAAGAGAGGGAGAAGCAGAGGGAAUGGAGGUUGAUUUUGAAAGAGGAACGUCAGGGAGGGAGGGUAGGCGGGUGGGGAAGGUAGAGAGGGAGGGAUGGGAAGUGGAGGAAGAGGAGGAGGAAGAGGAGGAGGAGGAGGAGGGGGAAGAGGAAGAGGAGGAAGAGAGCGAGGAAGUAUCAAUGCUUCCGUGGCCAAGAACCCCCUCUGGGGCCAUUCGGAGCAGCUGGAGGGAGCGACAAGAGGCAAGCAGUGCCUUGGAUAGCAGCAGCAGCAGCAUAGCAGCUACUACAGCCACUGCCACUGCGGGCACCAGCACAGGUGCCACCGGCACUGCUGCCAUCCCUGCAGGGGGUUACCUGCAGCGCCACGGGCGGUGGAAGUUUCCUGUGCCCUUCUUCCUGCACCCGGAUUUGCAUUACUUUGACUUGCCACGCCUGGGCGGGCUCUUUAGCCACGUGGCCAAGACCUUCCCCCUCUCCGCGCCGCAGGACUUUGCCAGCGUGACAUGGACUGAUGAUGACGUGGAUGAUGAUCAUUGGGCGGCGGGAGAGGAGGGGGAGGAGGAGGCGGGUGGGGGAACGGGGGAGAGGAGAAGGGAGGAGCGGGGGACGGGGGGAGGAGGUACAGGGGAAGGAGGGGGAGCAGGCGGGGGGAGGAGAGCAGAGGGGGUGCAAGAGAGGGAAAUGGGAGGAGGGAGGAGUGAGGGGGAUGGAGAACGUGAGGGGGAGGAGAGGGUUGAGGAGAAGGCGGAGAGGGGGAAGGGGGAGGAGGAUGAGAGGGAGGUGCUGCUGCUGGACAUGGCCGUGCUGCUGUUCCACCUCAGGGGCGUGGGUGCCUUCAAACAGGCGGCGCUGCAGCAGCAGGGCAUGGUGCAGGCGGUGGCACAGCUGGAAGAUGCGGACAGGCAGAUCGCCGCUGCCAUGGGGGGGCGCACGGAGGGAGCUGCGACAGACGGAGAGGCAGGCGCAGUGGCGGCGACAGGGAGAGUGGCAGGGGAAGAAGAGGGGGCUGUCGUGGGUGCUGCAGGCACUGGUGCAGCAGUAGGGGCGGAGGCACCCGCAGUGACAGCAACAGUGGGACUUGUUGGAGCACCGGGGGGAGGUACAGCUGCGGCUGCAGCCAGGGGAGGUACAUCCGGGGGAGGUACAUCCAGAGUGGGCGUGGGAGGGUCAGUGCGGGCGCAGCAGCUGAGGGAGGCGAGACAGGUGUUCCGAGAGGACGUGGAUGAGAGUGUGAGGCUUGCAGUGUGGUGGAGAGCGGUGCUGGGCGGUGCUGCGUGGAAGCAGAGGGCGCUGGUGGGGGUGAGCAGGAGGGUGGGCUCGCUGCUGCUGGCUGCCAGCAAGAGGGGCCACAUCUUUGCCUACGUGCCAGAGGUCUAUCUGGAAGCAAUGAUCGAGGCCUUCCAUGCCUUCAGGCGCUGCGACCCGCCACUCUUCCGACUCCGCCACUCCGUGCAUCACCUCGCUCCCUUCAUAUCUUUCCUGCUCACGCGGUUCAGCGAUGCAAGGAUUGCCAAUCCAGACACCAGAGACCAGCUGCUGCAGACGCUCUCCGUGCUGCUACAGCUGCCGCCCUUCUCCGUCGCACUAGAGACAAACAAGGCCGCCCGCACGUGCUUCAUGCCCAGCCUUCUCAACGCAUUUGACCAGCGCUUCUGGAUACCCGUCUCUCAGCACUCCCUCCACCAGCUCUACCUGCACCAGCCGAGCCUCUUCUCUCCUUUCCUAAACCGCCUCUUCAACACUCUCAACGGGACUCUCACAGAAUUCCUGGUGGCUUUGAAAGAGGUGCAGGUCUUGCAGCAGCAGGAGGAGGAGCAGCGGCGGCGGCGGAACCGGCGGCAGCAGCAGCAGCAGGCGUGGGAGCUGCAGCAGCGCAAGUGCAGUGUCAUGUUUGACCUUACUUGUAACCUUGCUAGGCUGUUGGAAGUUCUCUGUGAGGCUUCUCCGGAGGUUUUUCUCUCUUUGAAGGGGGGAGGGGGCCGGGAAAAAGGGGAGAAGGCUCUAGAAGGGGGUGAAGCAGGAGGAGCAGCAGCAGCUGCGGGAGGAGGAGGAGAGGGAGGAGAAGGAGGAGGUGAAGGAGAGAUGCAAGGAGUUUCAGGAGGAGAAGAGGGGAGCAGGGCCAGGGUGGAGCUAGUCACUCAGGGCGAGGGAGAGGGAGGAAGAGAGUCCAUUGAAGCUGAAGGAGAAGCAAUGACAGCACUUGCACCUGCCACCACUCCUGCUUCCUCCACAUCCCCUGCGCCGUCUGCAUCCUCUGCUCCCUCUGCAUCUGAAUGCUCUCUCGAUGCUGAGAUGAACCGCAUGCGGCUGUUUGAGCUGCUGCUCUUCAUCCUCAACCACACGUGCUCGGGUGCUGAUGCACGCGCUCUUGACGGUGUCCUGCAGGACCACGUGUUACCAUCCGACCAAUCAUCCCGCCCCAUGGUGCUCGCGCCCCUCGUGGGCAUCAUGGGCGGCCUCUUCUCGCAUGCUCAGCGGGCCAAUGGGAGCGCGCCAGCUGGCAUGGUGCGGUCGGUGCUGCAGGCGGAUCCCUCUCUUGAUUGCCUGGGCGGGCUUGAGUACCUGCUGGGGUUCGACUGGGAGAGUGAGUUCAGCAGCCCCCCUACAGCGUGCCUGGCGGAUCUGUGCCUCUUUGUGGAGCAACUCCGGCAAGAGCAGGCUGCUCGCAAGGCUGCUGCAGAGGCUGCUGCUGCUGCCGCCGCUGCAGGUCGCAGCAAGAAGGGCAAAGAGCAGAUGCAGGAGCAAGGUCCCACUGCAGAGGGGAUGGAUGGGGCUGCUGCUGCUGCUGGUGCUGGUGCUGGUGCAGGCAUGGAGGAAGGCGAGGACGAGGAGGAGGAAGGGGAGAUGUGCAGCAUAUGCUACGCUGCUCCCAGUGACACCCAGUUCAUCCCCUGUGGUCACUCCUCCUGUGAACGCUGUGUGGCAAGGCACCGUCUAAACAGUCCCCGCUGCUUCUUCUGCAACGCUGUGAUCGAGCAACUAGCGGCGAAGCGCUGA